UUUAAAGUCAUUUGCUUGGUGGAUGGGGACCACUCUUAGCUUGUUUACUGAGUUUCUGGUGACGGGCAUUUUUGGGUUUAUGAGCUCCAAGGCACAAAAGGGCUCUACAUUUCUGCAUUGAAUCUGCCAUAUGUGAGAGUCUUGUUUUAUAUUUUGGCUGUGGUGGGUAGGUGGGGUUGACCUAGCUUUCAAAGGAAUAACGUAAUUCAUGAGGAAGGUCAUCAAGUGAGCUCUCUACAUCCAUAAUAUGGAAUCAGCCAUGGUGAGCAUAAGAAGAAGCAAACGCUUGAGACUACGCGCCGAGAGAAGUUCUGUUCUAGCACCAUUGCCAAGGUUUUGUGACAAGGGAACUGCUCCUCAAAAUUCUACCCAAACAAAACCAGAUAGUGUGCAUCCAAUGCCUUCAAAUGAUGUAAGUCUGCCAGAGGGGAAUGCAACUCGUACGAGGGCUUCCCCUGAGAUUAUCAGUAUGUUGAGAGAGCCAGCUGCUGCAGAGAGAGUUUUGCUGGGCUUACUUGGCCCUGAUGAUACCAGGAUUAUGCAGGAGUAUGAUGACGGUGGUUUGAGGCAAAACUUGGCCCACCAUGCCCUUGGUGCCUGCCUUCACUUUGCCAUGUGGCUAAAGGAAAAUGGAGAGUCUUCCUUAGCCUCUAGGGAGCGCAAUGAAGCCAGAGCUCGUGUUGCAGGGCUGGAGGAAAGAGUUAGACAUGUUGAGGAGAUUCUGAGGCAUCUGGUCCAAGAAUAUGAGUCUAAGCUAAAUGGCCUGCAAAAUAAUGUUGAUCAGCUGAGGCCGAAGGCUGAGUUCUGCAAGAGGAAAUGGAAGGAGCAGGAGGCGUUGCAUCAAGAGAAGGCCACUCGUUUGGAAGAGGUUUUGAAGCAGCUUGAGGAAGCUAACUCCGACCUUGCCAAGGUCACUCAAAGUCAUGACAUGGCAAGAACGCGUAUCGAAAAGCUGACUAGUGCCCUCACUCGGAGCAGGAAGCUCUACGAGCAGGCUGAGGUUGAAGUGAAGAAGGUUCAGCAGGACUGCGAAAUGGAUAGGAUCCUUGGGGAAAUAGAGAAGGAAGAGCGUGGGAAAAAAAGGAUUGCUCUGACCACCGAGCUAGAGCUGGUAGAGGGCUUCCAAAACCAAAACCAGAAGAUGGAAGGUGGGAUCAUGCCAACACCGGAGCUAAACAAAGAUGUUAGCAAGCAAGUGGAAGAAGCUGAAGACAUUGAUGAACUGGUGGACGUUGACUAGUUUCUGAGCCUUUUGCAAUCACUGUAAAAUUCAUUAUGAGUGUUACAGGGUUGAUGGUGCUCGUUUCUCCUGCCCAACUUGUCAACCGGUUUCUCUGGCUAUAGAAUUGUCACCACCACCUGCAGCUGGAGGAUGAAGAAGUCGAGACUCAGGGUGCUCUCUCAUUGAGAGAGAGAGAGAGAGAGAGAGAGAGAGAGAGAGAGAGAGAGAGAGAGAGAGAUACAACUACAUUAUUAUCAAAUAUAUAAUCAACCAGCAAAGCCCUUUUUGAUUACGCUAAUAGUGGGAUCUGCACAUAUACAACUACAUUAUUAUCAAAUAUAUAUCAAUGAUCAUGUUUAGAGUAAUAUUUUAACACAAAAAAAUGCCAUCUUUAUUUGU